AUGGACUCAGCAGCCAAAAUCCCGAUUUCACAUACCUUGUGGUCCCCUCAUGAUACGGUAAAGGAUGCAGCUGACCAAUUAGGUAUCACUCUCCCAGAUGAUGCUGCAAAGAACUUGGCUAUGGAUGUCGAGUACAGAAUCCAUGAAAUUCUAGAGACCGCCAUCAAGUUCAUGCGCCAUUCCAAAAGAAAGUUACUCGCCACAAGCGAUAUCAACAAUGCACUCAAAGUGCUCAAUAUCGAACCACUUUUCGGUUAUGACCAGUCUCAGCCUCUAGUGUUCAAGGAGGCCCUUUCUGGAGCAGGCGGUCAAACAUUAUACUACAUUGAUGACAAUGAGAUUGAAUUCGAAAAGUUGAUCAAUCAGGAACUUCCAAAAGUUCCACGUCAGACUACCUUCACUGCUCACUGGUUGGCUAUCGAGGGUGUACAGCCAAUGAUCCCACAGAAUCCAUUGGUCUCAGAAAUCAAGAGUUUACCCUCUGUGGUUAGAGGUGCCACAUCUUCUGUAUUUGGAAAUGACUUUCUACUAUCAUCUGCGCCCAGCUCAAGCACUGCGGAAGACUCCAAAGAUCCUAACGCCAGACAGAAGACUAAGAAGGGAGAUAAGGACGUGGAGGUCAAGCCUUUGGUUAAACAUGUGCUUCUGAAGGAGCUCAAGCUCUACUUCGACAAGAUUGUCGAGGUGCUCAUAUCAACUGAUCCUGAGAAGGAGACAUUCAAGGAUGCGGCAUUGAAUUCUUUGAGGACAGAUCCUGGUUUACAUCAACUUGUGCCAUACUUCAUCCAGUUCGUGGCCGAGCAGGUCACCAACCAGUUGAGAAAUAUCGAGCUUUUAAUUACUUUGCUUGAAGUUAUUUCCGCUCUUUGUGACAAUAAGACCAUCUUUUUGGAUCCUUACGUUCAUGCUCUCAUGCCUUGCAUCCUCACACUCUUGCUAGCCAAGAGAAUUGGUCCACCUAUCCCUGAGAAUGCAGAUGAUGAUGCCGUUUUAGAUACCAUCAAGGGUCAAUUCGCUGUCAGAGAAUUUGCAUCUUUACUUCUACAGCACGUCAUCGACUCGUUCGGCUCUUCCUACUCCACACUCAAACCAAGAGUGACAAGAACGCUUCUCAGAGCAUUGCUCGACUCCUCUAAACCUUUAGGUACUCACUAUGGUGCACUCCUUGGAAUCGAGAAGUUGGGUCACGAAGUAAUCAAGCUUGUUUUGGUGGGAAAUGUCAAGAUGUGGUACAAACAAGUUGUUGAAGAUAGUUCUAGGCGUGACGUGGAAACCAACAUUCUUAAGCAGAAAGUCCUUGACGUCCUUGAAAAACUAAAGAUUGAGGACCGUAUCGAGAAUGUUGAUGACAAGAUGGAUGUCGAUUCGCUGGAUGUUAGUGAGGAGAUCAAAGAGAAGUUGAAGGAAAGAAUCGGCCAACCGUUGGCAGAAGAGCUUUUGGCUAAGCCUGAUGCUAAGAGCAUUUGCCGUGGUAUUUUUAUUGGUGAGGCUAAUGUAUAA